CUUAACGCAUGCGCAGACCACAUUUACACGUUGGAACUGUCAACAAAUAUUGUUUCUUGAACACAAAAUGGGUGGAUUAUUGAGUUACUUUUCUGGCCUGUUUGGGUCGAAGGAAAGGAGAAUCCUCAUUCUUGGUCUUGAUGGUGCUGGUAAAACAACAAUUCUGUACAGGCUACAGGUUGGAGAAGUUGUCACAACAAUACCAACAAUUGGAUUCAAUGUGGAGACUGUGCAGUAUAAAAAUUUAAAGUUUCAAGUGUGGGAUUUAGGUGGCCAAACCAGUAUCAGACCAUACUGGAGAUGCUACUACUCAAACACAGAUGCAAUCAUCUAUGUUGUUGACAGCAUGGACAGGGAUCGGAUAGGCAUCUCCAAACAGGAACUGUUCUCCAUGCUUGAGGAGGAUGAGCUGAAGAAAGCUGUAUUGGUUGUGUUUGCCAAUAAGCAGGACAUAGAAGGUGCCAUGACCGUGACAGAGGUGGCCAACGCUCUCGGCCUUACCAACAUAAAAACCAACAAAUACCAGAUCUUCAAAACAUCCGCCAUCAAGGGAACCGGCUUGGACGAGGCUAUGGAAUGGUUGUCAAAUACACUUACCCAAGCAAAGUGAGAGAAAUAUGGUUAGGAACAUUGCAACAUUACAGGGGGAGUGGAUCAGUUACCUGAUCAACAGUGGGCCAAAGACAACAAAGCACAUACCGAUUACUGCAGUCUUAAACAUGUGCCGUGUCUGACAGUUUGUGACUCAGAUUCAUGUAGUUAAAUUGAAUGUGAUAUUUCCUUAUAAAAUGAAUUAUCUAAACAGUUCUGUAUACAUUAAUUUUUCUGCAAGUAUCUUUUUCAAUGUUGCUUACGUCAUGCACUUCCAGUAAUGCCGGUCUAUUUGCAUAAAAUGUAGGUGUUUUUUUUCAUGCAUUCAUUAUUUGAUAUCCCCAGGAAAAGAACAGUAGUAACAAUAAAAUUGUCCAUUUUUAUAUUAAGAGAUAUGUGCAUUUUUCUGUUAAUCAUGAAGAUGGACAGAAAUGGAACUUUCAAUAGCAUUACAUCUACACUAAAUCCACUUUAUUGAUGAAAACUAACUUGUUUCAUGGUUUUCAAUUUCAUAUUCAUUUAAUAUUGUGUUUUGUGUACAAAUUAUUUAUGUGUUAAUGUUUAUUGAUAACAUUGUUUUGUCAAUUGUGUAUUUUCUGAAUGGUAUGUAAUUGUUGGUUGAUUAUUUAUUUCUUUACUUUUUUUCAAAUGUCACUAUUAUGAUGCAAAAUUUAAAAUAUUAAAUAUUAAACAUGUA